UUCAGUGCGAGGGGUUGAAAAGUCAUGUGGUCAUUCGUUGUUCGGUAAUCUGAUACGACGAUCGACGUCUAGUUGAUGCAUGUAUUCCCAAAUAAUCAAUUUGCCACUUAUUGCUGCCUUAUUCGUUCAAAGUGAAGUUUGGUGACUAAAAAAAAAAAUAGGAAAUUCUGUUUGUUUAGAAGUUGCUGAAAGCCCUCAUGGUGAAUUCGAUCAAGUGUUGAAACAUAGUCCUCCAUCUUGGAAAUUUGUUAGCUUGAAUCAUGGACCUGCAGCCAGUUAAAAGUGAACCUAAAAUCAAUGGGACAACAGCAAAACGAAUCCUCUUGACUGAAGGUAUGAUUAAAGGAAUGGAUCACGUCUACCGAAGUAAUCCCUACCCUUCAAAGUUAGAAUUCGAGACCCUGUGCAAAGACUUACUUAUGUCAGUUGGACAAGCUAAAAAUUGGUUUUGCAAUCGUCGCCGUCGUGACUCUAAAGAGGGAAAAAUCUGUCGUCGAUGCCGUUUCUUUAAAGCUCCCAUCAGUGAGGAGGCACAUGACAUUGACGGCUCUCGUCCAUGCAUUAGUUAUUGGAAAUUGCCUACUGUUGCACCUCCUCCACUUCUGCACAUGACCCCACUUCCUAUGACAUCGAACAAUCUCUCAUCAUCCUUGGAUGAAAGUGUUGACGGGCAACAGGAACAACAAACCAUUAAACCAGAAAUAGAUGGAAAUCUGGCAACUGAUUACAAUGUCGACGCUAAUACUUCUUCCGUCGUCGUGCCUACUGCUUUUUCGCUGACUUUCCAACCCGGCACGUACAAUUUCCAGCAGCCAAUAUUCAACUCUGAGCCGAAUGCUUGGUACCAACAACAUCACGACGGACAAUAUUCAGUAGAUAUGGCAGAUGAAAAUACUUGGAUGAUGCGUUCGGCCGGAACAGGACAACCUUCAUUUUGGCCAAUUAAUGAUUACUUUCCACCACCGGAUUUUAUUCCUCUAAUGGAUCAACCUCUCUUAUCUGAUUGGCGAUUAAAUCAGGUUCAGCCUUUGUUGCCUAACUAUUCAAUGCCUUACCCAUUAUACCCUCAGUACGUGUACCCGGAUCCCAAUGGCAUUUACGACUACAGCGAGCAAAAUGGAACUUCGAACAAUUAACCUUAUUAUGUGGUUUGAUUAAUUUUUACACUGUCAGUGUAUAUUGCUGCACGAUUUUAAACCUCAACUCACCUCAUUACCUUUUUCAAAAGUAUUCUUUUACCAAGAUGCUCUAAACUUAAAUUUCAUCUUGUUUUUUUACUUUAGCGUACAUUUUUAGAAUGUACCGUUCUCUUCUUUUAACUGUUGGGUGAAUAAAUCCGGAACGCAUUCUUGCGUAUUUUAGAUAACCUUGCCACCACUUUCUAAUAAUUCUUUUUGAUCCCGAUGUUUUAGAUUACAGAUGGAUUGGCGGUUCUUUGACCACUGUCAGUAAGUAAAUGUAUCGUGUUGGUCAACAAUGCAUUGACAUUUGACGGUAGACUGGAUCGCCAAGGGCGCGGUUUUAUCUGAAAGAAAGUGGAAGAUGAAUUAAUGCCAUCGCACAAGUCUCGCAAUUCAAAACCGAAACGAAGACCUCGUUACUCAUCCGUUUGAGAUAAUUUUGCAAACCACCAUAUCAUCCACAAUUUCUUCUUGCCCAAGAGUCAUUUAUCAGGUUCCUUUAGAUCUCCCUUUCUUUUGCUGUACGCGGGUCCCUCAUGUACUAGGCGGUAAUUCACGCGGUUAAUGUUUUUUAAAUGCCCUCCUCUUCUUUUUUUUAGACUGAACGUUGCCGUGUGUUCAACGAGGAGCACGUAGUACUUAAAUUAACACACCUGUCAACUUUCUCUCUCUUACUCUAUCAUUUGGUUCGGUUUCAAUUACAGGUUUUUACUCAUUACGCAAUUGACACGGUCAAAUAAGAAGAUGACACUUUAAUGUCGUUGGGUGUUGAGCUAUAUAUUACUUUGGACAUUCUUUGUUGCCCUUAAAUUGUUAUUUGUAUUUCACUAGUGGCUCCUGUUCAAGGUUUAACACCUAUCUGAAACGAUUUGACCAUUUUUACAACGAUCGUAAAACUGGUAUUCGACAUCCGAUACCGUUGGGCGAUUCCAUUUCAUUGAAACAGAAACUACUUUCUAGUUAUCCUUCCGUAGAUUAUUUUUAUGAUAGGAAUAUAUUUGUUUGAUGUAAAAAGCUGAGCUUUUGUGUGGUCCACUAAGUUGGAAAUCAGUCGGAGAAAAGAUAAGCAUGUAUAAAACGUAGUCAAACAAUGAGGAAAAAACCAUAAUCCCUCUCUCUUUCUCUCUCAUCGGUGCGUUUUGUCCCAACGAUUUUUAAUUGACCGUUUCCCAUUGAUAUUUCUGUUGUUUCGCUCUUACCUUUCCAUUUAUUAUAACAGGGAGCUAUCACGGAGAAAGUUUCGUCUUCUUCGCGCGAGAGAGAGAGAGAGAGGGAGGCCCAACAUCGGGGCGGGUAUCCCCCAAACGAAACGCUGGAGACUGCCGAAGUUAAUAUAAAGGGCUUCUCCUUUAGCAAAGUCUUGCCAUUCGUGCUUCUUCUCUCUUUGUGCUCAGCCGGCGCCUCUUUUCUUUUCAUCUCUGCAACACGAAAAGAAGAAAAUAUAAUUUCUUCAGCUGAUGGCGCGGAUAUCCCUGUGUACGUCGGCGAUGUUUCUCUCCACAUUUGGGAUCGUUCUUUUGCUGAUCGUUUCCAAUUCCGCAACUGGGAUCACCGAAGAGACAGUCGACGAUCAACAAGCCGACGAAUCUAAAAGGUCGACUCAUUCUCAGAAACUCGAACAAGGAAGAACACGAGGAGAAUAUAGGAUUUUUUUACCAGAUAAUCGAUGGCAAAUUGUAUCUUAUGUAGCUGAUGAUGACGGCUACCGGGCCACUGUACGUUACGAGAAUGGACCGCACGAUAUUCCACGCUCGGAACAAUCUCACUGGGGAUUUGCAACUGGAAGUUUGCAGACUCCUGUAAGCGGUGAACCUGGUCCGAAUGUUCCACCGAUCUAUCCGCCUAGAAAUAAAUUUCCUCUGCAGAAUUCCGGUCAGCCUCCAUUAAGCAAACACGCGUUCCCGACGCAACCUUAUCAAGGAGUUGUGACCAGUCAGGUGAACACUUUCAUCGUUCAUCCUACUCCGACAGAUAUUAGAGGGCGUGAACUUGAAGAUGGGCGGAAGCGACCUGAACAGCAUCGCCCAUCCAAUUUUCCUGGCGGAAUAGAACAAAAACCACUCCAUCGUAAUCCACCGACAGAUCCAGCUUCUACACCCUCCUCUUCUCCACCACUUCAUCGUAAUCCACCUAAAGGUCCUGCUUCUGCAUCUUCUUCUUCUCCACCACCGGUUUACAUCCCCCAGCCGUACGCUGCUCAACAGCAACCGCGUCCUACGACUCCACCGCCAAUCUACACUGCUCCUCGUCCAGAUAAGUUUCCAGAUCCACCAGUUUACAUUCCAAAAGAAAGCACUCAAAAAUUUGAGGAACAAGCUAGCAUAAUCUAUGAUCCAAACGUUUAUCAUCCAUUCUACCAACCUACAGAAAAACCAAAAACUCUGGCUGCACAGCCGAUUCGUCCAUUCCAUUUACCAGAUCAGUUUUACGAAAAUCGUCCUCAUCAACAUCAGCAAGUUGUUUCGAAUUUGGAGCGACCAGUUCGUCCUAAUCCAAUUCCACAACAACAAAAUGAACAGCGUCCCCAACAGGAACCCCCACCACAACGGUACCCACCGACUGCACCCCCUAAAGCAGAAAACCGGCCUCCUCAACAACUAAAUCUUCGUCCUUAUCUGGAUAAACCAUCCAGUAAUCAAUGGACCCCUCUUUAUGAACCAGCUCCUACCAGACCUCCAUAUCCUCCGUACGAACCCCAAUCCUAUCAGUCAACUCCGUCUUAUCCAAGCAAACCGACUGAAUCACCCCUAAAACCAUUUAAGGCUUCACCUGCUUACGAUCCUGUUGAUCCGUACGUCGUACAACAAAGACCGCAAUACCAACCUGCGCAACCAUACGUACCCCAACAAAGACCGCCUUAUCAGGCCCCACCUUUCUAUCCGGAGCAACAGAUUAAACCGUAUGAACCGCAACAGAAACCCGCCUACCCUGCUAAACCAGCUGAAGUUUAUGUGCCGCAACAAAGACCUUUGCCGACCUAUGCGGACAAACCAUCGGAGUCCUACGAACCGCAACAGAAGCCGGUAUACAAACCUGUAAAACCCUAUGAGCCAGAGCCGCCCAAGUACGAAACUACACCAUCUUAUCCUGAAGAGCCAAUCGACCAGGAUGAACCUCCACAGAAAGCUGGAUACAAACCUGUUAAUCCUUAUGAACCGAAACCACCAAAAUAUGAAACUACACCAUCUUAUCCUGAAGAGCCGAUCGACCAGGAUGAACCCGAUAGGAAACCUGUCACCUACUUUACGAAUAAACCAGAAGAAUCAUACGAACCCCAACAGAAACCUUCGUAUCAACCAAUUCCUACUUAUCCUGACAAACCUACCCGACCUUAUGAGCCUGAACAGAAGCCUCAAUACGAAACUACGCCAGUCUAUCCAGAGAAGCCAGAAGAGCCUCGUAAACCUGUAACUUUCUUUUCGAAUGAGCCGGAGGAAUCAUACGAACCCCAACAGAAACCAUUAUAUAGACCCAUUCCUUCUUAUCCUGACAAACCCGACAGACCUUAUGAGCCUGAACGGAAGCCUCAGUAUGAAGCUACACCAUCUUAUGCUGAAAGGCCGGUUGAACCUCAAAAGCCGGCAACUUUCUUUUCAAACAAACCGGAUGAAUCAUACGAACCCGAGCGGAAACCUGAGGAGCCGAUCGAUCCGGAAGAGAAACCCGAAUAUGAGCCUACAACUUUCUUAUCAGAUAAACCGCUCGUGUCUUAUGAUUCCGAACAGAAACCGGAACCCGCACCUUCUUAUCCGCCCCAACGACCGCAAUAUAAUGAAGAAUACCGACCGCAGUAUCAACCGCGUCCAUUUGCCAAUCAGCAGCCAAACGGUUACCGCCCUCCAUAUUAUCCACCGCGACCUGGACAACCAAUUCGUCCUGUUUUAAAGCCUGGAUACCUUACACCGGAAUCAAAUUACCGACCGGAAAAAAGACCUUACGGUGUUCCUGGCUACUCACCUGCAACCUACCCACCUCCGGGAAUCACCAUCACUUCAAUCCGUCCAAUUCUCAACCCCAGAAAUCAAUCGUUUGUUACAACGACGCUAGACGAAUCUCUAGAAGGCGAAGCUCCAACAGAACCCCCGGAAUGGGAACAAGAGGAAAUUACGACAACAAAGAAACCUGAUGCAGUUCGAAAGUACAAAGUGAAUCAACCGAUAUCCAGAAAACCGAAAUACGAAAACAGUCCUCCUCGUUUCAAGAUCACUCGACCAAUUAACAAUCGUCCAGUUCCAGUCUCUACGGUGCAAGUUCCUGUCGAGCCAGAAACCGAAAAACCGACUGAUCAAGAACAUUCGCCUUUAUUGGCUAAAUAUAAAUUCAAAGGGUCGACGACAUCCAACGAUGAAUACGGCCAACGUACACAACCGAGAAGAAAGCAGCCGUCUCAGAAAGAAACCGUCUACGACUUUACAGUUACGUCACUGCUAGAAGAGGAUGGUCCAAGUGAGUCAAUCCGCGGCUACAGCAAAAUAAGAGACCAACAUGACGAUUCAUUUUCUGUCACCGUUCUUCCCGACGAGGACCAGAUAUCUGAUUUGGAGAGUUUUCUUCCUGUUGAAGAAGAAUUUUAUUCAAGCAACACUUCAGAUUCAGAUGUCAUUUUCUUUGAUGACGGUAUUAUCCCUCCGUUGCUGUUGCGCGUCCGCGAUAAGAGUCCUCCUCCUAAAAUCGUGGAAGAUGUUACCGUCCCUUAUGCCCUGACGGAUUAUCAAACGGACAUCCCGACGACCACCAUGAUACCCACAGAGUUUCCAUCGAUUACGGCACCCCCUACAGAGAUUCCGUCAACAACCAGAACACCUACAACAGCUUAUACGACCACAACAACAACCACAACGACUCCUAAACCAUCGACAAAGGCCGGCACCAGGAAGAAGAAGAAGCGAGUUCGAGUCAAAUCACUGAAACGAGGCAACGGGACGCUGACCAUCAUGCCGGCAAGUAAAAAAGUUCAAAGUUCUGUUUCGGUGUUGGUGAAAGAAGAAGAAAAAGCGCCAGUAGUUGCCAGCAAAAAUAGUAGCGUCGCAGCUGUGCCGAGAACCAAUUCGCCAAGAAUUCGAUUCCCUCCAAGAGUCCGAUUUGUCCAAAAGACUGCCGAACGUGUUACCCGACAGAAUGACAAAACUCUGGUCGAUGAAGAUCUAAUCGCCUCGGAUUCCCUGAAUCUAGCCGUCACUAGUCAGCGCGAAAACGACGAGAUUGGAGAUCAUGCCAUCACGAUGGAGGACAUGAUGGAAUGGAGUCUGAAUUCUAUUCCAAUCGAUCGAUUAGAUCUCGUUUACGAUUCGGCCGAGUUGGAGGACAAACCCGUAGAGGAAUGAGGGCGAAAAAAGAGCAAAGCUUAUUUGUUUCCCUUUGGAUAUAACAAAAGAGAGAAUCAUGAGAAAAUUGCAUUUUCUUCCUCGGCUAGUGAAAUCACCGUUUGAGAAAUCCAAAGGGAAACAACAGCGAAGCAACAGCCAUUUAGGUGCGUAACUGUGUGAAUGCGUCUUUCCCCUUUAUUUUUUUACUACGGACUCUUCCUUUCAGGUUGAAAGCAUCGAAAGAAAGUACAGCCGCGUCCUAUUUUUCAGGAAAUCGCGGUUGUAAAAAAAAAAAAAUAAAACUAACCAGUUUUCACUUAUUUCGCGCGCUCCUUUCGUCGCUUUUUUUCAUUACAUAAUAAAAAGGCGUAUUCAUUCGUAAAGGGCGUAAGUCUGACAUUUUCAUUUCAUCCAUAAAAUUCAUUGCUAAUCGUGAAUCAAACGUUUUCUCAUGUGAUUAUCCCUACUCAAAUUUCAGCUCCCAUAUCAAAAAGAAAUUUUUCUAAAAACAGAAAUUAUAUAUGCUUGGUAUACGUAUAGAGAUUAUUAAUACACUGCAGUGUGUGCGUUUUA